AUUUACAUUUUUGGCAGCUUGGUGUUGUGGGAAGCUGUCAUGCUUCCAUGCCCGCAGAACUUUACUGGCAGUCUGUGCUCCCAAACACUCCAAUGCCCAAAAGCUUACAUGAUCUUUUACGUCCUGGUUUGCCAUUGAUCUAGCUAGUUAAAACUACUGAAGAAAUGUAGUUUAAAUAAGAGUUUCUUUUAAAAGUCAUAAAAUUUAUAAAAUAAUGUUCAUCACUUAUUUGAAUAGUUGUCAGAUAAUUUAUACUUGAAAAAGCUAUUUUAAAGGUUAGGUCACACAAUAACUUAUUAAGCUUAAUUAUAUUUUUAAAUAUAUAGUAACUUUUAAAUAAUGUAUUCAUUAUAUAUAAUCUUCCCCUUUUGUUUUGAAAAUAAAUGCAGUGAACAAGAACAAUUUUGAUAAGUUGAAGUAUGACAUAGAUGCCAAGAUAGUUUACCAGAAAUCAGAUCUAAGUGCAGACAUAGAGGCCGCCUUCGGCUGGGAUCAUGAAUCUGAAGAUGGAAGUCACCUAACUAGCAAUGCUAGUAUCUUUUUCAUUGCUAGUGUCUUUUUCUUUGAAAGUGAUCUACAUCCAGGGAGGCUAAUGAAGUUGCCAGGAUUCACAAAAAUAGAGAACCGAGCAACAUUCCUACCUCGUGCAUUUGCAGAUUCAAUGCCUUUUUCAAGUAACAAAUUCUCUGACAUUUUGAAACUUUUUUCUAUGGACCCUAAAUCAGCAGGAGCCAAGGUGAUGAAACAGAAUAUUGAAGAUUGCGAGAGAGCAGCCAUAGGAGGAGAAGUCAAGUACUGUGCUACAUCUUUAGAGUCCUUGCUUGAUCUUAGUGUUUCAAGGCUAGGGAAAAAAAUACACGUCCUGUCAACUGAGGUUGAGAAGGAGACAAAAAAUGAAGACUUUACUAUUGGCAAGGGUGGGAAGAACAUGGGAGAGAAGAACAUAGUGUGUCACAAGAUGAAGUACCCAUAUGCUGUGUUUUUUUGCCAUUCAAUUGAUAAAACAGAUGUGUAUAAGGUUCCCUUGAUUGGUUCUGAUGGGACCAAAGUUAAGGCGAUAGCUGUUUGUCACAAAGAUACAUCAACUUGGAACCCCAGACAUGUGGUAUUUCAGGUCCUAAAAGUUAAACCGGGAUCUGUGCCAAUUUGCCAUUUCCUAGGCAAAGAGAGCAUUGUUUGGGUUCCCAACUGAAGUUCUGAAACAUCAGCACAAGGGCUGUCUUUGUUUGGACGCUUACAAAUGAAUAGGUUAUGUAAAAUCUUAAAUAAGUUGAACCUAUGAUCUCCUUGUUCUAAGUAUGUUGUCUGCUUGUAAGAUUUAGGUUUUCUGGUUUGGAAAAUAAAUGUCAGGAUCUCAAUUCUCUCCUGGCUUGUUACUGUAUUUUCUCCAAUGUGCUACUUAUUACGUGUAAGUCCUUCCUAACUUUAGCACUUCUGCUUCUGUAAUGCAUGUACAGCCAGAGGAAAAAAAGAAAAAAGAAAAAAGGAAUUGUUGG